AUCUCACAAAGAUUUUCCUUGACUGACCAAAAAUAAUACUUUAUAAACACUUUCUUGCAACGUAAACUUAUUCCACACAAAAUUCAGUAAAAAAUUCUUUGUAAUGUGAUACAAUGUCUCCUCGAAAACAACCACAUAGUUUGUUCAAAAUUUGUGUAAAAAAUUGUAUUAGUUUGAUUAAUUCUGCUUGUUACAUUAUUGAAAAGAGGUAUCCCGAGAAUAAGUUUGAGGAGUGCGAGAAUGAGGCGGUGGCAUUGAAACUUCACUUGAUGAAUUUUCUGCCAGACAGGUUAUUUGAUGUACUCUGUUCAGAACGAACAUGCUGUCUAUACUGCGGCGAACCCCGAGUUCAACUUCAAGUGUUAACACACCCCAACCUGACAGUCUUCCGCAAAUCCGAUCUCGAUAACAGCAUACCACAGGUCUUCUGGCUCAGCACCCUUCCAAACUUCACACGCUUAGUCGUUCUCGACCUUAAAUUCAUAUGCACUGAUGAAAUACUCCAUCUUAUUGGCGUCAGUUGUCUAUUACUUGAAGAAAUAAACAUUGUUUCUCGAGUAGAUAUCUGCAAGUCACAUUUCAAUGCUUCCGUUCUCAUUAGGAACGUCUCUGACGCAGGUCUAUGCAGUAUUGCAAAUUUGAAACAUUUACGAAUAUUAGCCAUGGAUCCACCAAGGAACGAACGAGCAAUUCGGAUUGGUCGUUGUGUCUCACAAGGCGGUAUCAUCAUGUUAAUCAGCGAGCUUCCUUAUCUUGAAGAGUUGAGAAUCGAGUCCUGUGAUAUUGGUUCAACAUUAAUUGGGACAGUCAUGGAUUUAGGGCCUUUAAGUUUGAGAAAAAUCAAUUGCCAUUUUGUCUCUGCGGAUGGGAUUAAGAAGUUAAUAAAAAUUUGUCCAUUUCUGAGGGAUUUGUCAGUUACACAUCUAUCUUUGCACAAUAAAGAUGCGAUAUUGGAACAAAUUUCUAUGAGCGAUUUGAGACUGAAUAGAUUGAAUUUGGCUUUCUUCUCCUAUACGGAAUCUAUGCAGCAGCUUUUAGCUGUAAAAGGCAGCUAUUUGACGCACUUCUCCCUAUGGGAGAUAGAUCAUUCGUUGACUUUAGAGUCGGUGUUGGUUAUAGGUAAAUGUUGUCCCAAUUUAAAUUCCCUAUGUCUCAUGACUCAGUCGAAAUGUUUAGUUAUACCAAGAUACUUUAAGCGGCCGAAGAAGAUAUUCAGUGAGCUAAGAAUGUUAACGUUAGGCAAUGCGGCCUUCAACUUAGAUCAAAUGCUAUGCAUUUUCUUAGAGUGUGCUGAAAAUUUCCAGAAAUUAGUGCUCAAAUACCAGUCGAAAAUAAAAGUUGACGAUAUGAUAUUGAAUUUAUUAGGAAAAGGGCAUUUAAGAAAUGUAAAUAGUUUAUGGAUGGAUUGCACUUUGGAAGUGUCGAAAGGUGUAGUGAAGCAAGUGAUUGAGAAGUGUGAAAAUUUACAAAUGUUCACUUUCGAAUGCAUGGAGGACAUGAACGACAUCCACAAGUAUAUUAGUGACAACAAUUUAGAUUUGAAAUUCGGUAGUUAUUAG